AUGAAUGAAGAUGCCAUCGAUGAUAAAUUAAAAUGUAUUAUAUGUGCUCAACCAUUUCAAAGUCCAGUGAUCCUCGAUUGUCAACAUACAUUUUGUGAAGUUUGUAUUGAUACAUGGAUUAAAAAAAAUGCAUCGUGUCCUAUAUGUCGUCGUCAAGUUGAUACAAAUUAUGUUUUAACAAAAAUAACUGAUUUGAAUAUUUGCAAUCAACUUGAUUGUCUUCCUGUUCGAUGUCUUCAAUGUCACAAGAAUGGAAUCCAACGAAAUCGUUUUAAAAAACAUAUAAAACGAUGCGCGAAAAGUCGAAUAUCAAUUUUCUCAGAUUCAAUACAAAAUCGUUUCAAUAGCAUAAAAAGAACAAUACGAACAAAAUAUAAUUCUUUAGAAACAUCAACUUCACAGAGAAGAGUGACACCUAUUGUCGAACCUAUUCAACAACAAUUUACUUAUCAUGCCCCAAUACAAAAUAAUGAACAACAAAUUUAUAAUUCACGUCUAAUACCGACUACAGUUCGUCCUUCACCAAAUUUUUUCUAUGCAGAACAAUGGGAAGAAUUUAUUUGUUCUACAAUACCAAAUUUACGUAUUUUUGAUUUUCAAUAUCAUUAUAGUGGAGUAAUGGAAAAUUUUAUACGUGCUUGUUAUAGUGGGCGAUUUGGUUCAAAAUUUUGGACAAAUAAACAAUGGUUUUUUCAUAAUCAACAAGGAAAACUCAUGAAUUUUAUUGGGAACAUGAUUAUAAUGUUAGAUAGUUUUAAAUCAGUUAAACAAAUUUCCAUUCAUGAUACACAAACUUAUAUCGAUCGUAGUGUUUAUUUGCCUAAUGUUAAUGAAUUGACAAUUCAUAAUUGUGGUUCAAUUUCAACAUUUCUUAAUAAAAUUCUUCCUUUACAACAAUUGAACAAAUGA